AUGAUGUCGUCUGUCAUAAUGUUGCCCCAGAGUUCGAUAGAACGGCGAGAUGUGAUUGUUUUGUCGCGAAGCGUGGCCGUUCGUCAUUGAACAGCGACAUCGUGGACGCGGGCCACUCCACCGUCGCAGUGCUUUAACACGCCGCACAGCGGACUGUAAAGAUUUCGACAUACUCGCAUCAAAUCAGGCAGCGGGGUAUUUAUGGCGUAAUGGACCCCUUGGUCACGGAGUGAACUAGCUUGCUCAACUGUGGGGACAUUGGUCGUCCCACUGGAUCUAGCUUGGCUCGACUGGACCCAAAACCAUGGCCUACCUCGAACUCAACGUCGAGCAGGUGAACAAGGCGGCCGAGCUGCUCCCUUACGAUGCCCAGGACAUUGACCCCCUGGCUAGUGUAGUCGAUCCACGGCUUGACAUCCGUUCUUCCAAGUCUGCCACAGCUGGCUCUACUGUGCCAUUCCUGGCCGACUCUGAGCAGAGCCGACGUUCCAGCAUGGUCAGCUCGGUGGGAAGCCCGGCGGGUGAGGCCCAGGCACCACCUGGGUCCCCGACAGGUGCCGCAGGCAUGGCCACCAAUGGAACCGAGCAGCGGCCAGCAGCUGCACCCGAUGACCCGGUCUAUCCAAACAUCUCUCCGCGGGUGGCGGAGUAUGUGGCGACUGAGAAUCCGACACUGUGCACCCAGGUGGCUGAGUGCAUAGAGAAGCACUCGCUGGUUCACUCGCCACGCCGAGCGCAGGCCGCUGCGGCCAGCUCAGUGGCACCCCGUUCACCGCUCAAGUGCAUGGCCCAGGCAGCCGAUGCCCUCUCUGUCCAGCAGUCCACCAUUGGUGUGCCUCUGAAGCCAUCUGUGCCGACCAAAGCAAUUUACCAGGAGUUGGUCGAAUAUCCCCCAGAGAGCAUUGUAGCCUCUGUUGAUGAGCGGACAUCCUGGCUACGCACCAUCCUGAGCAGUCAAGCCACCACCGGAAGUCAAGUGCAGUCUUCCCAGAACGGGUCCACCAAGCCUAGCCCCCUCCUCCGCAACCAAUGCACAAUCACCCGGAGGGAGCUUCCUUCCGUGCACAACUGGAGGCGGCCCUCCGAGGAGGCUGGUUUCGACGCAGAUAACUUCGACUCGGCCUCCAUGUGCUCCGAGACAGAGUCCAACCUGUCGUGGGUCAGCGACGUCGAUGACGAAAUCAGGAUGCUUAAGUCUAUGAUGGUGCCGCGGGCUUCCCAUUUCGGCGUCCUCACCGCCCGAGAGAAAAUGGCGGCCGGCACGCAAACCGAGCAGCUGUCGGCAACUGGCUGCAUUGUGGCUCACGUUGGCGUCGAAACGGAGGAGACGGACCACUUUGCGAUUCUGAAGGAGAAAGUCCAUCUUGAGGGCGAGCUGGACACGCUUCAGGGAGAGCUUGGCCGGCUGGUCCAGGCCAAGUCAGAACUGAAGACGCGGGCCGCAGCCGCUGAGGCCCGCUGCCAAAAGCUUGCGGAGGAGAAAGACGCGGCUGUGCAACGGGAAGCUAGCUUGCACCAGGAGCUGCAGACACUCAAGAUGGAGUCGGUGCGCUAUGGACGUGUGGUGGGCGACUAUGACAGCCUGAUCCACUCCAAGGAAUCUGAGACAGGAUUCCUGCACGAUGAGGCUGCAGUGCUGUCAAAUGAGAACCGUGAGCUGAAGGUCGCUGUGGAAGAGUUGAAGGUGGACCUGGAGUCGCGUUGCGGAGCCAUCGAGGGACUCAAAAAGAAGAUUGCUGAGAUGCAUGUGGAGAGCCAGUCAGCUGUGUGUGCCCGGGCCCAGCUGGAAACUGAAAACGCGAGUCUCCGCAAUCAACUGCAGGUGAUCGAGAAGUCCAAGGACUGGUUCCGCGACCAGCUCCACGAGAGUCAACAGGGCAGGAACCAGCUGCACAAGGAGCACGUGGCCACCCAGGCCGAGAAGAUUGCGCUAGAAGGCACGGCAGAGAUGCUCAAAGCCGAGAACGCGCGCUUGACUCAGGAGCUGAUGGAGGCCCGGCAUCGUUCUGUACGUGAUAAAGAAAGCCUCAUGAAGAGGCUCGAGGACAUCGAAGCCGACCUGCUCGAGAGGGAGGCCAUUCUGUCUCGCGAGGCCGCUGAAGCACAGCCUCAACAGCCUGUAUCCGAGGCAAGCGACCUGUCUAUCAAGUUACGUGUGGCCGAGUUGGAAGAGCAGCUGCGUUCGACCGAGUCGAGCCUAUCCGAGCGGUCUACAGCCCUGUCGGCUUUGGAGCGGGAGCGCACGGAGUUGGUGACGGAAGUCCAGCGACUGCGACUGCAGUUGAGCGACAGCGAACUCGGUCGGCGUAACCAGGACGAGCUGCUGCAGGAAGGCGUGCAGAAAGUUCGGCGGCUACAGACAGAACUGGCGGCCAGUGAGGAGCGAGCCACAGAACUGCGCAACCAGAAGGCAGCCCUCGAAGUGGCCCUGGCUGCGGCCAACCAGGACAAGCGGGUUGUCAGCGAGUCACUGGGCACGCUGACUGAGAACUUGGCACGGCUCGAAAACAACUUCAAACUCAUCCGCACCGAGCAGGUGGCAAAGACUGCACAGAUCGACCAACUGCAAAGAGAGAAGGCCUCUCUAGGCGAGCGCCUCUCAGAGGCUGAGACGGCCCUGUCACUGGCACGGAAGGAACUUGCAUCACGGUCCAAUGCGCAAUCUCAAGCACAAGCCAUGGAAGUGAGCCAGCUGCGCAAGCAGUACAGUGACCUUCAAAACGUGAUGCGUGUCCUCGAGGCUGACCUCAAGAAGGCCUCAGCCGAGGCCAGAGAGGCAACGACUAGGCACAGCACGGACAAGGAGAAGCUGCGGCAAUCGGAGGAACAGCUGGAACAUGCCGAGGCUGAGCUGGAGACCCUUGCGCAGCGCAAUGCUGUUCUGCAGAGCCAGCUGCAGGAGUCGACCCAGCGGCUGAACCGAGAGGAGGCACGCCGGGCAGCCAGCCUCCAGGAGCAGGCGCAGUUGCACGACCCCUCCACCUGGGAGACGCGAGUUCGGGAGCUCGAGCAGACGUUGGCCACCCGCGAGAUGGCCACCAGAGAGCAGGAGCGCAUGCACAAGUCCAACAUCCGCCUUCUGACGCGCAAGCUCCGCGAGAAGAUGAAGGAGCUCAAGCUGGCUCAGGUGCAGCUGGCCAACGCCGAGUCGCAGCAGGAGGAAGACCAGCAACGGCGGACGAGCCAGAAACUGAUCAGCCAGGAAGUCCAGACCCUGGAUCAGCUGGAAAAAGUCAGCGCCGAGACUCAGACUGACUCGGCAGCAAAAAUCCAGGAGGAGCAGACGGAGCUUGCCGAGAAGAACCAGGAACUGCUGCUGCAGCUGGAGAGGGAACAAGGACGGCUCGCUGGUUCCCUGAAGGCCCAGGAAGAGCUGCGUGCGAGUGUGGAGCAGCUGGAGCGGCAGCUGUCGGAGCAGGGAGGCCGCAUGGCCGAGCUCCAGUGCCAGCUGGAGCAGGUGCAGGGGCGUGCCGACCAGGCGCAGGCCCUGCACCAGAGCUCCGUGGCUGACCUCCAGAGGGAGCUCGAGAAAGAGCGCACGCUGAGCAAGGAGCUGCGCCAGAGGAUCUUUGAGGAGAAGCGUCGUGGGGGUCAGCUGCAGCGUCAGCUGUCAAGCCUGAAGCAGGGUCUGACGGAGGCAAGCCAGUCGGCGGAUGCGGGUCGGCUCAAGGCCCAGGCACAGGCCGAGCGGGCGCAGAGCCUCGAGGCCCAGCUGCGGGAGGCACAGGGCCGACAGGAGGCACUCCGAGCAGACCUGGCUGCUUCCCAGGCGGCCAGGAAGGAGCUGGAGGCCAAGCUACGCAAUGCCCACGAGAGAGACCCUGCCCUGGAGCAGCAAAUGAAGCUGCUAAGCUGGAAUGUGAAGGAGAAGACGCAGGAGGUGGCGGCACUUCAGGAGCGUGUGCGCCUGGCCGAGACCGCCCACCAGGUUGAAGUUGCGGGGCUGCGCAGACAGGUCGAGGAGGCCCAGCAGCAGCACUCUGACCUCUCGGCCGAGCUGAUGUCAGUGCGCAAGGAGAAGUUCACCCUCCAAGCCAGGCUGCAGGAGCUCCGCAACGUGCUGCGCUCACGCAUGGAGCAGUGCAAGGAGCUUCAGAGGCAGCUGACAGAACUGGCCGAGACAACCGAGUUUGACCUGCCUAAUGUCAUGCCGGACUUAGACGACUCGUAUAUUACGGAAUUGCUCCAGCAGUGUUCUUCACAGCCGACUAGCAGGCCACUUGGGAGUCUGCAAGUGUGCCUUGACUCACUCAAGCAGGACUUGAAUACUCUUCACAGCCAGAUUCGGCAGAACGUGGAGCUUCCUAAAAAAGAACUCGUGACCUGAAAAGACUGCUAGAACCACUUCGUACGCACAUCAUGGUCUUCCAUCCCAGUGACUGAUGCCAAAGAACGAACGCCUUUCAGUGAGAAGUCUGCUUUCGAAGGACCAGGGUUAUAAAGCUUUCUAGUGUGUUGUGGCCAUGUAGUAACCAUCCUGGUGUUGGGGGUCAUAGCCUUGUAAAGAGCUGCUUCUUUUGUGUAGUAUAUAUACAUCUAUUUUGGUUUGUACGGUGCAUGUUUGUACGUUACUCCCUUUUUUUUUGUCUGCAUAAUAUAAUUUCAAAGUGGUGUUGACAUUAUUUUCUCAUUUAUUGAGAGUGAUUUGAAUGGAAACGGAAUAGGGUGUAACGAGUGAACUAAGUUUUUAGAGUGAGUGAUGUUUUGUUGGGUAUGUGGAAGGUGCUGGCUGCAUCAGAGAAUGAGUGAUUGUGGUCAUUGUAGAAUGUAGACAUGGGGCCAUUUUCCGAGUCAUUCUUAAUUUUUUAAGAAUAGCUACACUGUCAUUUUUGUAGCGUAGUCUAAUCGGUGCAACAGAUGCCCAGUGAUGGAUUUGUAGUGAUUCUUUUUGGACGCAUCAUAUUGUGUGCAAUGUGCUGAUUACAUUUGUUGGCAAUGUUAUUGUCCUUCGGCGUAGUUUCUCUGAAUACUGCUUCGUUGAAUAUCGAAAUGGGUGAUGGGAAGUGAUGAUUAGUAGAGAUAAUAUUCGUUGUGAUUAAGUAAAUGCAUGUGUAUUUAUUGGAAAACAUGGAAAUUGUCAGCUGCCUGACCAUUUUGACAAACUAGUGCACGUGUUGCUUUAAUUCUCUAACUGCUCUAAUCAGCAUGUUAAAGUAUUUUAUUGAGAUAAAAUCAUAUUAACUGUGGUGUUGGCAGCUCCAAUGAUAACUAAUGUUAACGGGGAGUGCAACUAAAAACAAUUGCUUUGUAAGGGUCAUUCCUUGUUGACAGUCGAUGCAUGUUUGAUUGCGAUGGCUGAUAUCUUUGCAGACUAUUGCUUUCGUGUCGCUCAGUGUGUUAUUGGUUCAUUUUAUAUUAUUUUUUAUGUUAACUUUUACUCUAUUAACACAUUCUGGUUGAAGCUGUGUAAAUCUGGUGCCUUGUGUGUUCACACUAGAUGGAGUGCAGGGUCAUGGGUUGAACUGCGAGAGCCAAUGCUGCAAAUUCAUGCAAACUCUGUCUUGUGCCACAAGGUGGUGCAUUUCCCGUCUUCAAUGCCUGUGCAUCUCCUGCAUAUGCGAGCACUCUCAUUUUAAUCUAACAAGUUGAAGAAAAAAAAAUUGUACCUCCUUUACUAUCAGAUAUUAUGCAAGAAAUUUACGCACCGUAGUUUAAAAAAUAAUUUACAUAUGCUUACACCGUUUAUACAGGAAGUAUCAAGCAAAAAAAAAAGAAUCUCCCUGCAUGUUUUCUAAUGUCAGAAACCUGCCGAUAAAAAUUUGUCUUUAAAGUAAACUGGUUUGAGCAAAUAAAAACAAAAACACGAAAAGACCGGACAAGGACAGGUACGUGUUAAUUCAGAUUUGGGUGCACGUUAAAGAACCCCAGGUGGUCAAAAUUUCCGGAGCCCUCCACUACGGCGUCUCUCAUAAUCAAAUAGUGGUUUUGGGACGUUAAACCUCACAAAUCAAUCAUCAAUCAGGCACGUGUUAAUGUGCCCUUGCAAUAACUGCUCUGAUUAGAGCUGUUAUUUCGCCUGUCCCUGUCCGGUCAUCCUGUGUCCUUCUAUUUAUUUGAGCACACCAGUUUAUUGUGAAGUAUGAACCAACUCACGGAGCUGCAAGCUUUACUUGAAAGGUCGUCGUGCUGCCGUUAGAUAACUGGGCUCUUGACAGUCCAGGAGAACCUGAAAACUUGAAACUUGAAAGGCUGAGUGCUUCAUUUAGUUUUGCAGAUGGCUAGCAACAGGCAGUUAAAAAGCACGAAAUUGGCAUUUCACAUUGUCACUUAAAGUUGCCACAAUAGAUUGAGACAAAGAAAGGUUUAUAGGGUUUCGAACGAAAAUGCCUGUCGUAUAUGUAUCCUGUGAAAUGACAGUGCCGGCAUAGGGGCUUUUGAGUCAAGUUUGUGCAAUUUGUUAUUGUACAAGAGUAGUUGCGACAAGUGAAAGAAAAUGCCUUAUCCCAGCACAUUACUAAAAAAAAAUGUUAGUUGUGUAAGAGUUCGAUCAUUUCAUCGCUGAAGCAGAGCUAGCUCAUUUCUGAUACACGGAGUUUUUGCUGCAAUGUCAGCUUAAAACCCGAGCUGCUAACCAUUGAAGGCCGCCUUGAUAUUGUUCAGUGUACAGCUAAUGCAGCUAAACAUGCUGUAUAUUAAGUGAACCUUGCACAAACCUGUUAUGAACUUGAAGUUCCAGCUGUCUAUGCUUGACCUUUCUGUGGGUUUUUCGAUGCUAUAACAAAACGACAAAAUGCGGUGUUUGAGAUUACAUAGCUUAUGGUGAAGCAGAUAUGACCAGCUUCACCGCUGAAAUAAUAUAUGCUAUUCAUAAUGUCGCAAGGUCAAAUGGGUUAACUACUCUGGACGUGUGUGCUUUGGCCUGUGGCUUGGCUGGUCAGUAAUAAUUAUCUGUGAUUUUACUGAUAUUACGUACAGUUCCAUGUCAGUGAUGCAAAAUACACUUGCAAUUCAGAGUUUUCAUAGAAAACCGUUGAGAGGCUGUCGAAAUUGACAGGCAGCCCUUUGAUGGCCCCCUGAAUGCUUCGGUCUUGUGUUUGUAUCUAUUGAGCUAAUUGGUGUUAGUGUUUUUACCAAUCACAAAUAUUGAAUACAGCUUAGGCAUCUUUAUAUAAUGUGCAAUUUUGUUAUAGCAAUGUUCAACGGUUAGGGCGAGCAACAAUGCAUAAUGAUGUUAUGAACAGUGCUGUAAAUAUUGAAGGAAAAGUGCAAUGCUGUACUUCGUUAACACAUUGUUAGUCUAUGAACCUUAGAUUAUGCGUUUCGUUGAACCCAAAAGUACGAUCCAUAAAAAAUUACUCUGAUGAUUGAGUUUUUAUAAAGCCACUUUAGUGAAUGCCUGUGUAGCUUGAAAAGUGAUGUUAUAUACCUUGUAUACUUAGUAACAGUGUUUUCAACAUGAUAUGAAAAGAAAAGGAAAAACUUUGUUUCGGUAGCAUAUGGAGCAAUAUUUAUUGGUAUUGCAAAGGAAGAAGCUUGUUAAACACAUAGCUAACACUCCAAAAAUACACAUUCAUCAUCACUACACUAUCGUAUGAUGCAAACUUUCCAUAUUUUUUCUCUUGCAUCAGAGCCAACUUUUCCGCUCAACAUGCUUGGUAUGUUGCGAAGUAGUAAACAUGUCAGCAUGUUGCGAACAUGCUUCGAAGUAUGUCUGGUCAUACCUAUGUUCUGUGGUCAGUUUUGUAAUGUGUGUGUGUGUGUGUGUGUAUAUAAGUAUAUCCCUGUAUUUUCACAUUUUUGUUUUGAGUUGAUGUGACUUGUGAAAAUUCUCUCCUGAUCACUACUCCUCCAGUGUGCUGAGAAGUUGUCUUCCUCUUGCUGCGUGGAGCUUGGAAUGGAACCCUUUAAAUGCCGUGCUAGCAAACCUGCCUGUGAUCCCAAAGCAGUUUUGCAGUUUUUAAAAUCUGUGUGUUCCAAAUAAUGAGAUGGCAAAGAUGAAGUGCCUUUGUUAAAAUGCGUUGAGACGACAACGAGCUUGCCUCCGUGAGUGCAACUUACACGACAAUGUGUUCUUUAGCAUCAACUAAUGCCAUAAAUAUGGCAUAUGUUAAUUGUAUGAAAGAAGGAAAGCUGUUACAUAAUUUCAAGAAAUGUAGAGCACACUUCAGAAAAAACAAAUGCUGUACGGAGCACCUACAUUUAGUUCUUAGAAGGACAUCAAAAGGCAAAUCCGAAUUUAAAAGGCAUCUCACCCAGCACUCCAAACAAAGAAAUUUGUGUGCAAAGAUGCACAUCAAUGUAAUCGGUAAAUUAUUGAUGUACAAUCUAUGCACACCAAUUCCUUUGUAUGGAGUGUCUGUGAUGGCACUCUAAAGGUUCAUGUCAACUAGUGAACUUUUUUUUGUGGGCAAUGCGUUUCGGGGAAAAAGUCAGAUAUGACAGAGUUCUCUGUCCUAUAUAUUUCUUUUUAAAAAUGUUUACCUUUAAUUAAGAAUGCAGUACCAAGCAAACAAGCUGCCACCCUGGUAAACUUGGUGCCUUAAGUAGUAUAAGAGAUCAUUGGUCAACAUCCUACUCGUAAAAAUGUCACCAACUGCGUAAAGUCCGCAUGCAAGAAAAGUGUGUUCCAAACUCACUGUUGUAACUCUGAGUGGCACUGACUGGCACUCCUAAGUUUAAAAGCACAUAGAUAUUUAUCUAUAAAUUUAUUUAUUUACAAAUACUGUCAGCCCUGCACAGGCAUAUUACAUGAGUGAAAAACAGAUACAUUUUCGUAUAUUUGUUUUCUACUCAGUAAUCAUUCAUAACAAAAAACAUUCUGGAACUGUAACAUAAUCAACAUGUAUAUUCAGAACUAACAGAUCAUAUAAGGAGGCUAAACACUAUCGUUGCACAAUCGGUAGAGCAUUGGGCAUUUUUUCUUUUGAAGGUUGUAGGUUUGGUUCCUGCUGACAGCAAGUUGCCUUUUUGUUUGCUUUCAUUUCUUCACAUUUAUGUCAAUUACAACAAUUUAAGUCCUCUACACUUUUCUUAGCUGGAUUGCAUGUACCUUCUCAUUGAAUUUGUGCCUAGCAAAUAAAAACAAGCUCUUGAAUUCCA